UUCAGAACGAGCAUGUCAUCACCAGCAGAGGAGGAAAUUUAGAAACUGUCUAUGAAAUUCUGUCAUUAUCAAAUGAAUGUGACGGAUUGUUUUGAUAAAUAGCGUCAUCAACAUGGGAAACAAAGCUACAACCUUCACCGAGGAUCAGUUAGAAGCAUAUCAGGACUGCACAUUUUUUACGCAAAAAGAGAUCUUGAGGGUGUUCAAACGCUUCCAGAUGUUGGAUCCUGAUCAGAUUCCUUUUGACAUGACUGGUAGUGAGACGAGGACACUUAAGAUCCCAGUGGAAACCAUAGAAAGCAUGUCGGAACUGAAGGAGAAUCCUUUCAAGCGCCGCAUCUGUGAAGUGUUCUCGGAGGAUGGCAGUGGGAGCAUGUCGUUCGAUGACUUUCUGGACAUGUUCUCCAUCUUCAGCGAGGCUGCACCUCGAGACAUCAAGACCGUCUACGCAUUCAGGAUCUAUGAUUUUGAUGGCGACAACUACUUGAAUCGAGAGGAUCUAGAGAAGACACUGUUUUGUCUGUCAGGGAAGGAGCUGUCUACAGAGGAGGUGACAUUUGUUGUGGACAAGGUGUUGGAGGAGACUGAUUUAGAUGAUGAUGGAUCAUUGUCUUACAUUGAGUUUGAGCAUGUCAUCUCCAGAGCACCGGACUUUCUCAACACAUUUCACAUCAGGCUGUAGCUGUGGUCACGAUGGUCGGACAAACCCUCUUCUACUGCUCAAAUAUCAGUUCGAAGCAAGUUGAUGUCAAAUCAAGCUCCACUUGUGAUAUUAUGUUUUUAUUUAUUGUGUGUGAUUUCAGCAUUUUAGCCAAUGGAUAUGAUUACAGAAAUAUGAAAUGCAUAUCAUUAAUAAGUGGCUCAGACACAACAAAGGUUAGGUCACAACUUCCCAAGAGUUGACAGUUGUAUAUUGUAAAACUAUUGAGAGAGAAGAACUCAUCGUGUCUUCCUCCUACUUGGGGAGAAGAAGCGCAAGGACAACUGGCACGUUUCACGUUUGGGAGGGGCAGGGGAUAAAUCUGGAUAUCAUUUCAUAGAUGUUUCAAAGAUGUUCACUUACAUGUAUACACAGAAACUUAAAUGGCAGAUUUGUGUCGGAUGAAGGUUGUUACUUAAGGUGAGUGCUGUAUAACAAGUCAUACACUACUACAAGGAUACACCAGGUGACAAGGGAGUGAUGGGCCAGUUGAUUGAUGAUCAUCUGCUAGCUAGUCUUAAUGUUUUUCUUCUUCCUGGUCAUUGUUCAUCCAUGAUUGUAUUAGUUUUUACUAAUUCUGUGCAAUAUUGUCUCACACCAGAGCUGUUGUUUUAUUUGAUGUAUUUUGUUAUUGGAGCAAUAUUUCCACGUCAUAGUAUGUGAUACUAUUCUAGUCACUCCUAACUAGAAACAGAAACACUCAGGAUACAUGUCCAUGUUUAUUAUGUUUUCCUUAUCCCGACUCAUGCUAUAUGUUUAUCUCCCUUUUCCUUCGACUGAUACGUGGAAACUUGAAUCCCUUUGCCUUCUGAAGCAAACGUAAAAUCACUCACCCAGUUGAGUCACCUCCCUUCCACUUUCCCGCCACUGUGUCCCACGUGACUAACACAGAGGUAUGCUCUUGUCACUCACUCCUUCAUCGGAGACUGUUGGGCAGAUACCUUUGGUCCCUUCCUGGCUUAUAUCCUUUGUUAUGUUUAGGCUUUUGAUCUUAAUCAUGCCGUGAAUGUAUAUUUAGGCAUUGUAUUAACUAAUUGUUGAAUUAUUCAUGUAAAUUAUUGUCUAAAACUUACGUUUUAUUCCAAUUUUCAGGUGACUGAAUUUGUAUGCCUGCAUGUCAGCAAUGUAGAGUGCGUACAUUGGUGGCUGACCCUCACCCUGUCUGCAAUUCUUGCCGGGUUUCUUCAUGUUCACUGGUUUCACGUUGUAUAUAUUGCACACUUGUCUUCAUUUGAGUUUAGUAAAUAUUUAUUGUGUUGUUUACACAAAAAAUUAGACAGCGUACGGCGUGAUAACAAGACCUACGCUAUGAGGGUUGGUUCUCAGUCAUCAAAUCGUGAGUUGCUGCCUUUAUUAUCUAAUAAUACAAGCCAUAAUAUGUCAUCUGCCAUUACAUCCACUAAUGUAUCAGAGUCACUAGAUGUGGACUCACCUAUUUCUAAUCAAAUAGCGUCUCAGUCUCUGUCUAAAAGGAAGUCUAUGAAAUGCAUAAUGCCAUUUUAGAAAGUGGUCAAAUGUAACAUAUGUUAUAUUUGGGAUUACAAUUUCUCAGUAAAGUACAGAUUCUAGUCACUCAACCCAAAAAGUACUAGAAUCUGUUCUUUAAUGAGAAAGUGUAAUCCCAAAUAUAACAUAUGUUAUAAAAGGAAGUCACCUCCGAGAGAGGAGUCCGAAUCACAGUCUUCUAAGCAGAAGAAGUCUACAUCGUCGCAGAUGAAGAAAUUGAGGCCAUCGAAGUCUAGAUCAUCUUCGAGAUCUACCAGACCCACCAUACCGACUGCUGAAGUUAGGACAUUUGCCUGCUGACGAAGUUCUCAACUUGUCUAUGUCACAGCCUCCAACCUUUGAGCCAGAGAUCUUCCUACGACCUCAACUAUUGUCUCCAGUUACGACGAUGGGGAUUGCUAACCCCACGAUGCAGUCCAGUCACACAUCUACUACCAGAUAUCUACUGUCAAGGCAGUCUACUCUUCGCAGUUCAUCUACGAUGUUGUCAGGGUUCGCGAACCCUCAGACCAACAGGCAGCCUACAUCUACGCAGACCACCACAGGGUUCACGAACCCUCAAAUCAACAGGCAGCUUAUCACAAUGCAGGCUGCUACAGUGUUCGUGAACCCUCCUUGGCCAUCAACUGAUAGAUAUCAUCAGCACAUUGUAGACAACCCGCUAGCAUUCACAAAGGCUACCUCAUUACUGAUGUCACCGAUGUCACCUCUUGAGAUUAUACCUCAGGCAUUUAAUCCGAAUGAUUUUGUGGACAACAUUACCAGUAAAGCUAUGGAAGCUAUGGAACGUCGACUCAACUCUGAUCGUCAACUACUGGAACCACACCCAUCUACAGGGUUCGCGAACCCUAAGGCAGAAGUUGUUCCAAUUAUGGAUGAUGAUAAACCUCAGGAUGCUGAUAAACCUCAGGAUGAUGUUAAACCUCAGGAUAAAUCGGGCUCCUAUAUCUACAACGAUGCGAAGGUUGUAGCAUAGACUGUUGAUGGUUUGCCUAUAUCCUCACCUACCCGAGACUCCAACCCUGCAAAUACUUAUUGUAUUCAAGAUGAUGACUCUGAUUCUAUCACCAUCCCACCGAUGAAGCCAAUAUCUCAGGUACCAGAGAAUCUCAAGGCAGCAUUUACGAAAGCUACCAAGAACCAAGGGCAACAACGCCAUCCUUCAUCGCAAGGAAAUUCCCUCUACACAAUAUGGAACCGUUCCUCAAGGCACCGGAGAUUGACGAUGACUUCUUCCUGCUCAGCGACUCCAAGUCACGCAGUUAUCGAGUAGAGGAUCGCAAGUUAGCACAACUUGACACUACAACCAGAAGGGCCUUCUUUGGUUUGGCGAUGUCUAGAUGGUGGACAGAUGUCUUGAUGGUGGACAGAUAUCUAGAGAGAUAUUUCAAGACUCGAAGGACCAGAUGAUAAUCAAGUCCAUGCAGACCAUGACCAGUUCUACUCAUCAAUCAUCACAUCGUAACCAGUUCUGAUUGAGAUUUUCGGGUAUCCAGAAGGCCAAGGAAAAGAAAUAUCCUGCAACUAGAGGUGGCAAGUCGUCGUCUUUUCAUCGGUCAUCCAGGGGAAGUUCCAGCAGAGGGCGUUCCUAUGCAUACUCCAGAGCAUCACGACGAUGAAAUCAGAUUCGGAGCGAUUGGUGCGUUCCACCCCAAAUCGUUCCCAUAGAACUGUCGACAGUGGGUGGACCUCUCAGCAGCAACUGGGAAAAUUGGAUAAUGGUGGGAGAUGAUGUGACAGAGAUUUUAUGAGAGGGAUGCAACAUUCAGCACAAGGAAACGUCUCUGCUUGCUAUCAACCCUCAUGUGCAUCGUUAUCCAGAGCCACAACGCAGCAAGCUGAAGGAGGCCAUUGAUUUUUUAUUAGUAAAGAAUGCUGUGAAAAUCUCACAUCAACACAAUCUCACUCCGGGCUACUAUUCUCCAAUCUUCCUAGUAUA